ACAUGAAGUGGUUACGAGAGAUGACGUCACGCCAGACUAUUAAUACUUGGCCUCAAGCUUCCCACUAGCAUUGAUCUUUUUCCGAAGCCGAGGUGACCACGACCUGCUUACUUGAUAGCUUCCGCGCUUCACAACAACAGCAACGUCACAAAGGUUAGUCCAAGAUGGCCCGUACCAAACAAACCGCCCGUAAAUCCACCGGAGGGAAGGCGCCAAGGAAGCAGCUUGCGACCAAGGCAGCCAGGAAGAGUGCGCCCUCUACUGGAGGAGUGAAGAAGCCUCAUCGCUACAGGCCGGGCACUGUGGCUCUGAGGGAGAUCCGUCGUUACCAGAAGUCCACAGAGCUGCUGAUUCGCAAGCUGCCCUUCCAGCGCCUGGUGAGAGAGAUUGCCCAGGAUUUCAAGACCGACCUGCGCUUCCAAAGUGCUGCCAUUGGCGCUCUCCAGGAGGCCAGUGAAGCUUACCUGGUGGGUUUGUUUGAGGACACCAAUCUGUGCGCCAUCCACGCCAAGCGUGUCACCAUCAUGCCCAAAGACAUCCAGCUGGCCCGCAGGAUAAGGGGAGAAAGAGCCUAAACCUCUUGAUGGUGGUGUCGGGACAAAUAAUCCUAUUUAUCAUACCUAAAGUUUUUUGUGGACUUUUUUUUUUUUUUAUUAUUAUUUCUCGAGUUUGACUUUUGUAUUGCAUUUUAGCCAUCAACCAUUCCACAAGUUAAUGGGUAGUUGCAUAGGAAUAUUUGCCUGUUAUGUGGAUUGUUACGUGUUAAGACAUCACAGCCCCUUUCCUUCCCUCGAGUUUUUGUGGAUAACCGCCUCCCUCCAUCCCUCCAUGUUGAUGGCGUCACCUAUUGGCUACCAUUUUCCGGCACAAAAUGCAGCUUGCCCAACAGAUCUCUUCACUACUGUUACACAACACUUGGUGCAAGGAGCAGACCUCAUUUUUCGGGACUGCUUUUUACAUGUUUUCCAAGAUUGAACAAAACCCUGGCAGCUACAUUUUAAUAAUUGAGAAUUGUCACAUCUUUCUAUUAAAGUACUUUAUGAGUAGA